CCCAGCGAGCAACCUCCAGAGUUUCAGCUGUCUGGAAGGCAAUUUGUGGAGGACAGUAUGAAGAACACCGGUUUCUUAUUCUUUAUUAUGAGAGCCACAAGGCUGAUCGUGGCAAUGUUUGUGCUGUUUGCAGUUUGUAAACCAACUGUCACCGGCGUUGCAAUCAUAGGGGCGCAAAACUUGGCGCCGAGCUGUGAAAAAAAUAUUGAGGAUCUUUGCAAGAACGAUACUGCUGGUACGCUAGAAGAGGUCGAAGUGACGCUUCGCGAUUGCACAGUCACUUGCACUUAUCGACUUGCUGGACCAAAAACUGUGCUACGGGGGGAUGUAUGGGUUCAGAACCGUGGAUUUGAAAAAGUUAAUCUGCCAGAAGGAAUGCCAUGCGCUUUUGGGGCGAAAUGCAAGGACGGGAAGUGCAUUUGCAAGUUCUGCAAUGAAAAUAUCAACAAUAAAAAGCCAAGAUUAACUUAA